AGGGCCGUAUCGGUGGUCAGGGUCUCUACGGCGGCGCGCUGAUUGCUGCGAUGCGAAGCGUGGGGCUAGUCCGGCCCGGAGGUAACUGACGUUACAGAGGGGCCUUGGAGGGGCCGUCGUGUAGAAAGGUGACCCCCAACAACAACACGGCCUUUUUCCUCCUCUCUCUUCUGCUUCUUCUUCUCCUCGUAUCCUCUCCAAUCUUCCUACAAACACAUCCACCACAUCACAUCCACCAUGUCCAGCUCUCUCGACCAACUCAAGGCCACUGGCACCACCGUCGUAUGCGACUCUGGUGACUUUGCGACCAUCGCCAAGUACAACCCUCAGGAUGCGACCACCAACCCGUCGCUGAUUCUCGCUGCCGCCAAGAAGCCAGAGUACCAGAAGCUGAUCGACGAUGCCAUUGCCUACGGCAAGAAGGAAGGCGGCGACAUCGACAGCCAGGUCGACCACUCGUUGGACGCUCUCCUGGUCCAGUUCGGCAAGGAGAUCCUCAAACUCAUCCCCGGCAAGGUUUCCACCGAGGUCGAUGCGCGCUUUUCUUUCGACACAAAAGCCUCAGUGAACAAGGCUCUGCGCAUUAUUGAUCUGUACAAGGAGCAGGGCAUUGAGAAGGACCGCGUCCUUAUCAAGAUCGCCUCGACAUGGGAGGGCAUCAAGGCCGCUGAGAUUCUCCAGUCCGAGCACGGAAUUAACACCAACCUGACCCUCAUGUUCUCUCUUGUCCAGGCCAUUGCUGCUGCUGAGGCCGGCGCUUUCCUCAUCUCCCCCUUCGUUGGUCGCAUCAUGGACUGGUUCAAGGCCGCGAACAAGAAGGAGUACCCCAAGGAGGAGGACCCCGGUGUCAAGAGCGUGCAGAGCAUCUUCAACUACUACAAGAAGCACGGCUACAAGACCAUUGUCAUGGGCGCGUCCUUCAGGAGCAUUGGCGAGAUCACUGAGCUUGCUGGUUGCGACUACUUGACCAUUGCCCCUAACCUCCUCGAGCAACUCUACAACUCCAAAGACGACGUCCCACAGAAGCUUAUCUCCGAAGACGCGGUCAACCUCGACAUCGAGAAGAAGAGCUACAUCAAAGACGAGGCUGCGUUCCGCUUCUACUUCAACGAGGACCAGAUGGCCGUCGAGAAGCUCCGUGAAGGUAUCUCGAAAUUCGCUGCUGAUGCCGUCACACUCAAGGACAUCCUGCGCAAGAAGGUCGAGGCGUAGAGUAGGUGCUCCGAUGAAGGACAGUCAUGAAGGAACGAAUGUUAUGUUUGCAUAGGUGCUCUCUACGUGUCUUUCUUUG